AGACAAUGAUACCCCCAACAGAUUUUUCCCCGGGCGCCCUGUCUCCCUCGACCGUGCGCCUACUCGCGGAUUGGAAGCACGGCGCUAGUGUUUUCACCGGCCGGCGUCGGACGGCGGUGCGGUCCUCCGACUACCUCGGUAUCCACCAGGUACAGAAAAUAGGGGAUCCGCCCCUGCUCCCAUGCCCCAGGUCGAGUCGGCCGUUGCCUCGGAGGGGCCGGCGCCGCCGCAGGACGCAUGGGUCGUCGAGUUCCGCCGUCUCCUCCCGCGGUGGGAGUCACUGCGCGAUUCCUCCAAGGUCAUUAUCCCGAUUUCAAUAUCUAGGGUCAACCAGUUUGAUGCUGCAAGGCUAGAUGUUGAGAUGUCUGCCAUGUUGAAAGAGCAGCUACUCAAGGUGUUCUCCUUGGUGAAGCCAGGACUCUUGUUCCAAUAUGAGCCUGAACUCGAUGCUUUCCUCGAGUUCCUCAUCUGGAGGUUCUCAAUUUGGGUUGACAAGCCAACCCCAGGCAAUGCACUGAUGAACCUGAGGUAUAGAGAUGAAUGGGCAGCACCCAUCACUGGAAAAGAAGUUAGAACAGGAUUGGAAGGACCUGGGCUUUCUGUUUCUCAAAAGAUCUUUUAUUGUAUUAGUUUUGUUGGUGGCCAAUAUAUAUGGUCACGAUUACAGUCUUUUUCUGCUUUCCGUCGAUGGGGCGAUUCUGAACAGAGACCACUAGCACACCGUGCUUGGGGCUUAGUGCAGAAUGCUGAAGUAUUGUACAGGGCUGCUUCGUUAUUUAACCUAUUAUUGUUUCUUCAUGGUGGAAGGUACAAAACUAUUGUAGAGAGGAUUCUGAAAGCAAGACUUGUCUACGGGAGCCCCAACAUGAACAGAGCUGUUAGCUUUGAGUACAUGAAUCGGCAGCUGGUCUGGAAUGAGUUUUCGGAAAUGUUGCUUUUGCUUCUCCCCUUGCUAAACUCAUCCUCAGUAAAGAAGUUCCUUCUCCCCUUCUCCAAAGAUAAGUCGGCAGGUUCAUCUGGCGAUGAAGCAGAUUGUCCUAUAUGUCGGUCCAGUCCUAGCAUUCCUUUUAUUGCUCUUCCAUGCCAACACAGGUAUUGCUAUUACUGCCUACGCACACGUUGUUCCGCUACAAGCUCCUAUAGAUGCCCACGCUGUAACGAGGUGGUGGUUGCAAUUCAAAGACAAGGGUCUAGUUAGUUUACUAGUUGGGUUAAAAAAAAUCUUGCCCGUUUACACAGAGUCACAGACAAAGGUCUUUCUUCUACACAGUUUAGCUGUUUCAAUGCUCGAUUAAGGAUUCGCAUCAUGAUAUGUCCAUGUAAUUGCUUUAAGCGUGGACAAUCUUGAUGCCAUUAAUCACUUGUAUAUUGAAUCUCUGCCACGAAACAAACACGCAUUCAUUACGAACUCGCGAGGAUCUGUGAUCUGUCUACUA